AGCAACUUUGUAUUGUAUAUCAAUUAUAAAAUGAUCAGGGGAGGCCUUUUUUCUGUGCUUGCAGCUACUUACGCUACGGCGCCUUAGCUUCUCGUGUAGAGAUCUUCAAGGCUAAGGAAGGACCAUUUAGCUACUGCAUGCUUCGUGGCUUCAGUGGAAAAUACAGCUACAAUGGUGAGGAGUACAAUGCUACCGCGUCAACGGGAGGUGCACAAUACGGGAAGUGCAGACGUGAUGUAGUGAAGGCACUCAAACUUGACUCGCCCUGCCCAGCCAAGAAGUGCACCUUCGACGGCGUGUGGAACGGCGGGGGCGGCCCCGGCCAGGCCAACCUCUACGCCGCGUCUAGCUUCUACUACAUGGCCUCGCAGGUUGGCCUCAUCGACAGCGAUGCUCCAAGCAGGACAUCCACCCCAGCGGCUUUCAGAGCCGUUGCCCAGAAGUUAUGUAGAAUGAGCUUGAAAGAAGUGAAGGUUAAGUACCCCAAGGUCCGUGACGUACCCUACGUUUGCAUGGACCUCGUCUAUCAAUACUCCUUGCUCGUCGAUGGGUUCGGUUUGGAGCCCAUCAAGAAUAUUACACUCGUGGAGAAGGUGAAGCAUGGGGAGUACUUCAUUGAAGCGGCGUGGCCUCUCGGAGAAGCUAUUGAGGCCGUGGCACCCAAAAAAGGCACUUGACAAUAGAUGCCCCAUGAUACGCCUGACUUUCCUUACAAUUAUUGUUUUUUAUAAAGGACGUUUUAUUAUCUCAAAAUGUAGCAUCAAGCGGAUAUAAAAAGCAUUACGAGUAACAACUGA